AUGAGGGCUGUAAAUGUUUACAAGUUUUUGCGUUUACGGCUCCCACCUCGUAAACGCAAAAAAGCCCGCCGACAAGUUCGCCAGGGUGACAAGGCAACACUCCCUACCUACAUCAACAGCCUCAAGUUCUUGCUGGACGACUCCGCAGACGGAAUUCCUCGCUCCUCCUCGUUUCUUCCCCCAACAGUUGAGAGCAGGCGGAGGAAGGCGAUCGGCGUCCGGCGCCGAUUUCUGCUGUUCCCCAUCCACUCCGGCGGCUGGAUCGGCGCCGGAGAGGAUGGAGAGCGGGGAUUGAGGUGGCCGUUGUACAUACUCUUACUUAGUUUGAGUAGUUUAGGUCUAGGCAGUGUUCCGAGGGUGGAGGCGACACUGCGGCGACGGAGUAAUUUUCUUCAGCUCCUCCGCCUCGUUGGUACGUGUUCCAGUGCCAGUGAAGGGAUUGCUGGAUCUGGAGAUCUCGAUGUUUCAGAUCUAGUUAGGUUUUCUUCUGCUCCCUCCCUCGUCUCCGUCGGAGCUGCUGCCGGCGAUGGUUUUGGGAGUGUUCGAAGUGCCAACAAAAACUUGUUGUCCAUCGUCGGGACAGAGGUCGGCUUCAAGCUCCAGACUCUGACGUAUUUCUUCUUCAACCUUUGGUUCGUCAGGGAUGCGUCGUGCGGCUGCUCCGACCAUCGGCGACGGGAUGACCAUCUUGCAGGGACUGCAUUGUAUUUUUACUUUCUUCAAGGGUGCCUUUGCAAGAUUUGGAAUGUAAACUUUAUGAAAUAUCUAUGAAUAUAAGCCCCGGUUUCACAAAAA